AUGUACAACGGUCACGGUGGAGUAAACCAACUGGGUGGAGUAUUUGUCAACGGAAGGCCACUGCCCGAUGUAGUCCGGCAGCGAAUAGUGGAGCUCGCCCACAGUGGUGUGAGACCUUGUGACAUCAGUCGACAGCUUCGAGUGUCGCACGGUUGCGUCUCUAAGAUACUGUCAAGGUACUAUGAGACGGGCAGCUUCAAGGCCGGCGUCAUAGGCGGCUCUAAGCCUAAAGUCGCAACUCCACCCGUGGUUGACGCCAUCGCAGCGUACAAGAGAGAAAACCCUACCAUGUUUGCCUGGGAGAUCAGAGAUCGGCUCCUCAGUGAAGGAAUUUGCAGUCAGGACAACGUGCCCUCAGUUUCCAGUAUCAAUAGGAUUGUUCGUAACAAAGCAGCAGAAAAGGCUAAGCACGCCCACAACCAGCAACAGCAACAACAACAGGAACAAGAGAUCAGCUCAGCGCAAGGCAGUGUUGUCUCUGUAAUAACGCACGCUGGCAACGCCCCUGGAACCACAGCCGUGCUGUCACCAACCACAGAUCAGCAUGUAACCAACACGGGUAGCUACAGCAUCAACGGUAUCCUCGGCAUCGAACAAGUCGAAGGAUUGCAUAAUGGAACCGCAACGGGACUGAAGAGGAAAAGGCACGAGGACCAAGAUGAGAAUAGAGACUUCAACAGCCACUCCGAGGAUGACGUCAAGAGACAGCGAAGUCAUUACAAUGGCGACCAAAUAUAUUCAAACCUAUGGUCUUCGAAGUGGAGCCUGAAGGAUGAGUACAAGCUCCUGUCGGAGUUGGGCAGCGCUGGCGGCGCGGGCGGCUACUACGGAGAACUGUUCGACGCGCCCUACGAGCACGCAGCGCACCCGCACUACACACCGCACUCCGCAACCAACGAUUCGACUGGCUCAAACGCUGCCGGUGAGCCUCCAUCGGCGGCAGCGAGUCCGGACGCAGCUGCGCUUGUUGUGUUGCAACCACCAGCACCGCCUUAUCCACCUUACGCUCACUACGACGGCACUACAACUCUAGCAAGCGAGUACGCGUACGCGGCGCCCUACUCACAGUACUCGCCUUACGGAGGCCCGUACUCACAUUCCGCUGCAACGGGGUUGCUGUCCAAGUGGUAA